GACUUGACUGUAUGAAGUGGCUUGAAAGCGCCAACAUAAGCUCUUCUCGAGGGCACUAACUAGAUUAUUUCCUCGGUAUGCUACUACAUCAUAGUCCGCGCUGUAAUAGUCCAAGCAUCCCAAUCUUGCUCACAUGUUCAUUCUGCUAGUAUGACAACUUCAGGUACAAACUCGUUCUAUUCAGCGCCCUCAGAUCAUAUAAAACGGCAUUGACCAGAAUUUCAUGCUACUUGUUGAUAGGUUAGAGUCCAGGAUCAUCUCAUACAUUGAAAGGUGCAUACCGAGAAUAAUUUUUCAAAAGUUGUACUUCUUCUAAUUUGUCACAAUGGAUCCCGAAAAGCAAGUGUCGCCGAUGCCUACCGUCAGCCAUGACGAGGAUAUUGAAGUCUCGGGCUCUAAACACUCUUCACCAGACCUCUCAUUGCAAGAAUCCACAUUGAAUGGACAUAACAUGCAGAGCAUAGGUAGCGGUGGAUAUGCCGAACAUGGACCUGGAAUUGAUCAUAAGAUCCCACAAGCGCUCGAAAAACAAGCCAAGCCAGAUUUGUUGUGGAGUCGAAUUCGACAUGCUAUGCGAGAGCCAUUUUCGGAAUUCUUUGGCGUAUUCAUUUUGUUAGUAUUGGCACAAGCCUUUAGCCUUCACAACAUGGCAAUUAUACUUUUGUUCGUGCCAUAACCAUUGACGUUUGAGCAGGAUCUUGUUCGGAGAUGGCGUUGUUGCGCAAGUAGUCCUUAGCUCGGGCGAGAAGGGCUCUUAUCAAUCAAUAUCUUGGGGAUGGGGGUACGUUUCCGUUUAAAUCUAAACGGCACAUAGGCUCACGAACUUAGUAUUGGAGUUAUGCUUGGAGUCUAUGCAUCAGGCAUCAGUGGUGCUCAUAUCAACCCCGCGGUAACUUUCGCAAACUGUGUCUUUCGCAAAUUCCCCUGGCGCAAAUUUCCCAUUUACAUGCUGGCACAAGUAUUAGGUGCAAUGUGUGGCGCAGGUGUAGUCUAUGGUUUGUCUGUUCCCAGCUAAUAUGAAAAUGGUAAUCUAACGUUUCAAUCAUGACAGCCAAUUAUAAAUCCGCCAUCGACGUAUUUGAAGGGGGCCACAACAUUCGAACUGUGGGCCUAAAUACAUCAUCUGCAGGCAUAUUCUGUACCUAUCCCGCCCCAUUCAUGACAAAAACCGGACAGUUCUUUUCCGAGUUUAUUGCAAGUACUAUCCUUAUGUUUUGCAUCUACUCUUUACAAGAUAAUGGCAAUUUGGGGGCUGGAAAUCUUACUCCACUCGGACUUUUCUUCGUCAUCUUUGGUAUUGGAGCUUGCUUUGGAUGUGGGUGAAGUUCCUGAAUCCACUUUAAAUAGCCGAACCAUUAAUUUGAAUUCUUGAUAGGGGAGACAGGAUAUGCCAUUAAUUUGGCCAGAGACUUUGGUCCAAGAUUGAUGACCUACUUCUUGGGCUAUGGCCACGAGGUUUGGAGUGCUGGGAAUUAUUAUUUUUGGGUGCCCAUGGUAGCACCGUUUUUCGGAUGUUUUUUCGGUGGUUGGUUAUAUGGUAUGUGCUCAUCCAUUUCCCAUAACGAUGUGGUGUUCGAGAGGGAAGUUUCUGAUAAAACAAAUAGAUGUAUUCCUUUUCACUGGUGAGAGCCCCAUCAAUACUCCUUGGAUGGGGCUAAAGCGUCUUGUGCCUGGACUCAAGAGUAAGCAAAUAGACUCAGUGGUGUGAAACAAAAUGGGGAAAAGAGAGCGUAGGUAGGGAUGUCAACCUCCUUCGUACAGCAAAGAGAAAGCAGUCGCGCUGGAUUGACGUACCCUGUUGAAUAUAUCCCAAUCACAAGAUUCUGUACUAGAUCGCAUCAAAAGCUAGGAGAGCUUCAUUCAAGUUCUCCACUAUUUUCACCUCUUUAAUCAAUUCAACACUAUAUCUCCUAUUUCUAGAUUUUGAAGUGACGAUAACACGGAAUACCAACUGAUCAUACCAUUUUC